CCGCGAUAUCAAGCACUGCGAGAACAAGAACGGUCCUUUCUGAAGAGAUCCUGGCAAAAUGGCAGAAGUCGAGCAAAAGAAGAAGCGAACCUUCAGGAAAUUCACCUACAGGGGUGUUGACCUGGACCAGCUCCUGGACAUGUCCUACGAGCAGCUGAUGCAGCUGUACUGCGCCCGCCAGCGGAGGAGGCUGAACCGUGGGCUGCGUCGCAAGCAGCAGGCCCUCCUGAAACGUCUGCGCAAGGCCAAGAAAGAGGCUCCGCCCAUGGAGAAGCCAGAGGUGGUGAAGACUCACCUGCGCGACAUGGUGAUCCUCCCCGAGAUGGUGGGCAGCAUGGUGGGAGUGUACAACGGCAAGACCUUCAACCAGGUGGAAAUCAAGCCCGAGAUGAUUGGCCACUACCUGGGCGAGUUCUCCAUCACCUACAAGCCUGUGAAGCACGGUCGCCCUGGUAUUGGUGCCACCCACUCCUCCCGGUUCAUCCCUCUGAAGUAAAACUACUGCAGUCUCUGUAUGUAAAUAAAAGAGCGAUCCCACCGA